UUAACUGACUGAGCCACCCAGGCGCCCCUAAACUUUACCCUUUUAAAGUGUACAAUUCAUAGCUUUAGUAAAUCCACCAUAGCUAAGUCCAGAACAUUUUCAUUACUCCCCAAAGAAACUAUCCAUCAACGGUUACUCCCCAUUUCCCCCUGUUCGUAGCCCCCAGCGGCCACCACGCUACGUUCUGUUUCUGUAAUUGGCCUAUUCAGACUCCUUUCACUCACCAUGAUGUUUUCAAGAUCCAUCCAUAUCUACACUUUGUUGCUUUUGUUGCUGAAUGAAAGUCUGUAUAUUACCACAUGUUGUUUAUUCAUUCAUCGCCUGAUGGGCGUUUGGGUUUCUCCUUUUUGGCUAUUAGGCCUUUUUCCCAUGUUUAAUUUUUUAAACUAAUAGAACGUAAUUUUUGGAUCAGUUUUAGAUUUACAGGAAAAGUGAACAGACAGCACAAGAUAAAAGUGCAGGUGGUUCAAGUUCCCAUAUUCCACCCCCCCCCCCACAUACACACAUUCAGUUAAUAUCUUACAGUAGUAUGGCACAUUUGUUACAAUUAGGGGACUGAUAUUGAUACAUUAUUAUUAACUAAAGUCUGUAGUUUAUUCACAUAGCCUUAUUCAGGCAGCCUGUUCAGAUGGCCUGUCAUUUUUCUGUUCCAGGAUGCUGUCCGUCAUUUUUCUGUUUGGAUGCUGUCAUUUUUGUCUUCCAGGAUGCCGCCCCAGACUCCACACUGCAGUUACUUGUCACGUCUGUCUGUAGAGUCCUCUGGGCUUGGACUGCCCUCGUUUUGGUGACCUUGAUAGUUUUGAGGAUGGUUCUGGCCAGGGACACAGGAUGCUCCUCUAUCAGAAUUUGUCUGUUUUUCUCCUGAUCACAUGGGCUCGGGGGAGCACGAUCACAGAGUGCUAUUUUUAUCACAUCACAUGACGGCAUAUACUGUCAAAGGCUUUAUGACUAUUGAUGUAAACACUGGUCACCUGAUGACCUGACUGAAGUGUUUGUGACCCUUCUCCACUUGUAAGGAUCUUUGGAAGGAAGAUAUCUGUAUCUUUAGAAGGAAACCACUCUGCACUGCCUGCGGUAAAAGAGUGAGGAAUUCUUCUGCCACCAGCCCUGUUUAAUAUUUUGGAGCGUUUUUGUUUUUUGGUGUUUUUUUUGUUUUGUUUUGUUUUUUUAAAGCAGGUUCUAUGCCCAACGUGGGGUUUGAACUCAGGACCCUAGGUCUAAGACUUGCAUGCUCUACCAACUGAGCCAGCCAAGCAUCCCUCUUUCCUCCCUUUUAUUAUUUUACUCAUUUAGUUUUUAUCAGUAUGGAUACACACACACGAAUAUUUAUUUUAUGCUUUGGGUUGUAAUCUAAUCCUACUUGCUGGAGUGGCCCCAGCUUUCACCACAGGGGACUUUCACUUGUCUCCUGUGCCCCCUUGACAUACCUCCGUCAAUGGAGAUUCUUUUGUUUUUGUUUCCCAAGCCUUUACUUUUCUCCUUUCAUUUUUAAAUAACCCAAAUCCCCAUAGAUGUUGACUUUAGGAAAACUAACAAUACUCCCUUCCCAGGUCACAGGAUUCCUCUGCGGCCUGCAGAAAUGUGCUUUACCUGCAGGGGGUUGACAGGGAGGCAGCUGGGAGUCUGAGGUUGGAUAAGACACCUGUCACGGCCCUCCCCGAGCUUGGUUUAGUCAUCCCCCAAGUAGUAACUAGUGAACCUGGGAUUCAAACACAAAUCCCUGAGGCUCAAAAGCUCCAUCAUUUGUCCUUCAAGCUACAUAUGAUGGCGAAGGCGAGAAUCCCAGGAGUAGAGCACAAGCUCUUAACAUCCUUUAGAGAAAGCAGUUUUCAAAUUUUAAUCCUGAAGCGACUAGCUACUUUAAACUACUUCUUUGUUAUAGUUUGCUCUUUUACCUGGCUUCUGGUUUCUGGCUGAAAGUUCAUUAUCAUUUACAAACACUAACGGCAGAUUUACUACGACCAUCGGUGGCAUAAUAUGUGUAUGUUGCAUUUUUAGUAGAUGCCUCCUCAAAUUCUUUUCCCAAAUAGGUGGCUAUUACGUUAUGAACAGCCAGUUGCUCAGUAUUUCACCCCAAGAUCCCUAUUUAUAUAACACACAUGAAGUUAAUUCCACCGGACCGUGACUCUGGUCGCUGAGCGUAAGAUUUAAAUGAAGCCAGUCUAGAAAUCGCCACUUCCAAGGAUGUCAGGUGAGCGAAACAGACUUUCUGCCACAUCCCUGUUCUCCAGGGUGGGGACUGCCGACCUAGUGAUUUAGGUAAAGGCCCCGCACCUCUCCCUUGGCCUUGUUGUUAUUAUUAUUAAUGUUUUGUUAAGUAGGCUCCACGCCCAGUGUGGGGCUUGAACUCACAGCCCAUUAGAUCAAGAGUCGGGUGCUACACUGACGGAGCCACCCAGGUGCCCCUGUUUUAAUUUUAAUAUUUUAUUAUUAUAGUGAAAGUGCUUAAGGUUGACUUUUACAAAAGAAGAAGAGAUUGAGAGAUCGUCAGACUGGGUGCAUCCCUUGGUGUUGGGAGGCUAUUUUUGUGAAAACGGGGUUUUUCACACGGGCUCUGGACUGGUUAGAACGUGGCAGAAACCACCUAAUUGGUGAUGGACAUUUGAAAAACAAUUGUGUCAGUGGUCACUUGUUUUACGAAGCCCAAUUUAGGUGCAGAAGUCUAUCUACCCAAGGGUGUGACAUAAAACGUAUUUUAUCCUGUGGUUAAGGGUUCAAAGAAGCUCGGGAAGCGAUGAUGCAAGGCACUUCUCUUUAGCUCUUCUGCUUUCCUUCUACCCCGAACUUCCACAACUUAACGCCGAGACAUUUCAGCCUUUUCUGGAAACCUCAGUUGGGCAGUUAAGGCGGGAAGUAGAAGGGACCGCGGAACCCUCCCUCGCAUUCCCCUGAGUUCGUGGAUAUAGUCAAGAAUGCUUAGGAAUUAAGAAUGGUUCAGCUCAUCAUUCGGGAUGAGCACGGACUCCACCAAUGAAAAUGGGCGAAUAACCGGCUGUGAACCCCGAACACAUACUGUUAGGCUUUUCUUACAAACACCUUAGACAUUUAGUGCCACCACCACCACCCCCCCCCUUUCUAUCCUCCAGGGGAGAGGCCCGAAUAUCGAAGUGGCCACAGAUUGUUGGGUGUCCUAUUUUCCUGCCUCUGCUAUUUGCACGGUUUUCAACGCGCUUUCACCGCGCAUCUUCCUGGGUGGCCGGUGGGUGUCAGGAGAAGGAGGGGGCUGGAGGCUCUUGCCCUGUCGGGUAAGGCGCAGGGAACCCUCACCAUUGGACUGCGUCCGGAGCAAGCGGGGGAGCGCUGGGAGGUAGGGGAGGAGGGGGUGGAAAGGGUGGGGGGCGGUCGACCACUCAAGGACUCGAAGAAGCUCCGAGAAAAGGCAAAGUGCAUCUUUGCUGGGCGGUGUUGGCAACGAGGAGAAACCAACGGAAGAGAAGACCACCACCAAACGGGCAACCAGCCGCAAGCCCUCCUGCUUUUUGGAACACUCCGAACCCGCCCGCCUCCAGCCCGGACCCCCUCGAGGCAGGCGAGCGGCCGGCCACCACCCCUGCGUCUCGCACGACCUGCUCCCCCAUGAACUUGCCCAAACCCGAAAGCCUUCGCUCCACACCGCGGCGCAGCCUCCGGGGCUCCGACGGGGAGGACGGCGAGAUCGACAUCCUGGGAGAGGAGGAGGAUGAGGGCGAGGGGGAGGAGGACGCGGAAGGCGAGGCGGCGGAGGGCCAGCCGUUGCCAGGGCAGCUGCCCCCGCCGGCGACGCGGGAGGCGCGGCGCGGCGCGGGCGCGCGUGGCGGAGGGCUCCCCGAGGGCGGCGGCGCCCCGGCCGACGCCAAGUUGGGCCCCACGUUGGGGGCGUCGAGCGGGUCGGCGGCGGCCUCCGCGGACGGCCCGCAGCCGGCGAAGCCCCCGUACUCCUACAUCGCGCUCAUCACCAUGGCCAUCCUGCAGAGCCCGCACAAGCGCCUCACGCUCAGCGGCAUCUGCGCCUUCAUCAGCGGCCGCUUCCCCUACUACCGCCGCAGGUUCCCCGCCUGGCAGAACAGCAUCCGCCACAACCUCUCGCUCAACGACUGCUUCGUCAAGACCCCGCGCGAGCCGGGCCACCCGGGCAAGGGCAACUACUGGAGCCUGGACCCCGCGUCCCGGGACAUGUUCGACAACGGCAGCUUCCUCCGGCGCAGGAAGCGCUUCAGGCGCCACCGCCCGCCCCCGGGAGCCCACCUGCACCACCCCUUCCCCCUGCCCGCCGCGCCCGCCGCCCUGCACGGCCCCUACCCGGGCCUGCUGCUCGGGAGCCCGGCCCCGCCGCCCCCAGUGCCGGGGGCCUACCCCGCCGCCGCCUCCGGGAGCCGCCCGUGCGCGCUGCUGCACCCGCACCCCCUUCGCUACCUGCUGCUGUCGACCCCGGCCUACGCCGAGACGCCCGGGAAGGCGCCAGGCGCGGACCCGGCCACCCCCGGCGCCCCCUCGGCCGUGCGGCCCUCCCCGGGCUCCCAGCCUUGGGAGGAGGGCAAGGGGUCGGCGGCGCGGCCGGGAGACGGAUGCGCCCCCUUCAGCAUCGAGAGCAUCAUGCGAGGGGUCCGAGGAGGAGGGGGGACGAGGGCCGCGCAGAGUCUGCCCCCGACCCCGUGGGGCUACUGCCACCUGCUGCAGCGUUCGUCGUCAGCAGCAGCAGCAGCAGCAGCAGCAGCAGCGGCAGCAGCAGGAGGACUGUACCAGCGGCCGCGCUCCCAGCGAGGGCGCUCUGCCGGGCCAGCACCUGUCCGCGGCGCGCCUGGGGUGUCCGCCCGGAGCGGGAGGCUCCAGGCCGACAGCGGUGGCCAGCCUUUCCGGCAGAGAGAGCGUCUUGCCGGCCUUCUGAGCGGCAUCCGCAACGCUGUCCUGGCGCUGACCCUGCCGGACACCCCUGGAGCCAAGCCGGGGGACGGCCCUUCGCGCCGCCCGCCCUCGCGCACGCCGCCCCGCGGGGCGGGGACCACGGGGGCGCGUCCGAACGCCGCGUCGCAACCACCACGAACUGGACCACGGUGCGGAUCGCUGCCGACUACGCACAGAGGAAAAGUUGGAUACUGUGCGGCCACCCGGGCGUAACCUUCCGAUGGCGUCCACUCUCGCCCUCACUUUUCCAGCCUCCAGUUGUGGCUUCCAGGGUUUUUCCCAUUACCCAUUUCCAGAGUAACUGUGAACGUGAGUGGGACACUUUGUUCUGGUAUUAAAAAAAAGAAAAAGAAGGAAAAAAUAAAGAAAAUAAACGCCCAGUGCACAACCUGUUUCCCCUCGUUGACUCCCUAGGAAUUGCAAAUAUUAUUCCCCGGUCAAGUGCAAAAUACUUGUUCUUUCUGUCUUCCUGAAAUCGAUGUGUAAUAUAGACUUUUAAUUUUAAAGCGUUGACUUCUAAUGUGUGUGUCUGAUGUGGAAAGAGGCUAAAAUUAAAGCUAGCUAUAUAGACUAAAUAAAAUGCUA